GAAGGCUCCUCCGCAGUGAUGGGAGGAGGUGAGCACCGGGUGGAGGAGGCGGACUAGAGGAGGAAGCACUCGACUCUACACUCGGCACCAUUAUGGCACCUAUCGGAUUAAAGGCGGUGGUCGGAGAAAAAAUUAUGAAUGAUGUCAUCAAGAAGGUGAAGAAGAAGGGAGAAUGGAAGGCCCUGAUUGUGGACCAGCUCAGCAUGAGGAUGUUGUCCUCUUGCUGCAAGAUGACAGACAUCAUGACAGAGGGCAUCACCAUUGUGGAGGACAUCAACAAGCGCCGAGAGCCUCUUCCCAGCCUCGAGGCCAUUUUUCUGAUUACACCUACAGAGAAGUCUGUCCAUACCCUCAUCGCUGACUUCAAGGACCCUCAUUCAGCAAAAUACAAAGCAGCCCAUGUUUUCUUCACCGACUCUUGUCCCGACCCUCUAUUCAAUGAGCUGGUGAAGAGCCGUGCUUCCAAAACCAUCAAGACACUGACAGAGAUCAACAUCGCCUUCUUGCCCUAUGAAUCUCAGGUGUACUCUCUGGACAAUGCUGAUGCUUUCCACAGUUUCUACAGCCCUCAUAAGAGCCAGCUGAAGAACCCUGUGAUGGAGAGGCUGGCUGAGCAACUGGCCACACUGUGUGCCACACUGAAGGAGUAUCCUGCUGUCAGAUACAGAGGGGACUACAAAGACAACGCAACCCUGGCUCAGCUUGUUCAGGAUAAACUGGAUGCCUACAAGGCUGAUGACCCCACCAUGGGAGAGGGUCCAGACAAGGCACGCUCUCAACUUAUCAUCCUGGACAGGGCCUUUGACCCCGUCUCACCUGUCCUGCAUGAGCUCACUUUCCAGGCUAUGGGCUAUGACUUGCUGCCUAUUGAAAACGACGUCUACAAGUAUGACACAAGUGGUAUGGGAGACUCUCGUGAGAAAGAGGUUCUUCUGCAUGAAGACGAUGACCUGUGGGUGAGCCUGAGACACAAACACAUUGCAGAGGUGUCUCAGGAAGUGACACGCCAGCUGAAGGAGUUUUCCUCCAGCAAGAGAAUGAACACUGGAGAGAAGACCACAAUGAGGGAUUUGUCCCAGAUGUUGAAGAAAAUGCCUCAAUAUCAAAAGGAACUCAGCAAGUAUUCCACUCACCUGCAGCUUGCUGAAGACUGCAUGAAGCAUUACCAAGGAACAGUCGACAAGUUGUGCCGUGUGGAACAGGACCUUGCGAUGGGCACGGAUGCUGAGGGAGAGAAGAUCAAAGAUCCCAUGAGGGCCAUCGUGCCCAUUCUGCUGGAUGCCAAUGUCAGCACAUAUGACAAGAUCCGCAUCAUCCUGCUCUACAUCUUCCUCAAGAAUGGCAUCACGGAGGAGAACCUGAACAAGCUCAUUCAGCAUGCACAGAUUCCCCCUGAAGACAGUGAAAUCAUCACCAACAUGGCGCAUCUGGGAGUCCCCAUUGUCACAGACUCAACCCUCCGUCGAGGCAAGAAAUUGGACAGGAAGGAACGGGUCAGUGAGCAGACCUACCAAUUGUCGCGUUGGACACCACUGGUCAAGGACAUUAUGGAGGAUGCUAUUGAUGAUAAGCUGGAUACUAAGCACUACCCCUACAUCUCCACUCGGUCCUCUGCCUCUUUCAGCACCACUGCUGUCAGUGCUCGAUAUGGACACUGGCACAAGAACAAAACACCUGGAGAAUACCGCACCGGCCCAAGGGUUAUGGUCUUCAUCAUUGGGGGAGCGUCCUUCAGUGAGAUGCGCUGUGCCUACGAGGUCACACAGGCUAAUGGGAAGUGGGAAGCCAUCAUUGGUUCCACCCACAUGCUCACCCCCAACAAAUUCUUAUCGGACCUGCAGCACCCCGACUUCCGAGAGUCCACUAGGGUGUCCUUUGAGGACGCAGACGCCUCAGACGAGUGAGGCAGAGACAGAUUGGGAGGGAGGGAGAGAGAAAUCACACAGAAAAAAGAUCGACCAACAUCUUUACCCCUACCAGCCUGCUGGAGCAGCUCAAGGCUAUGAACAAACCAGAUGAGGAAGUGACAAGUUAAAAAUCCCCUCCCACCCAUCAGCCAAUCUCUCUCCUCCUUACUUUUCCCUUUACAUCAGCCAUUCCUUUUUUGUGUGCACAUCUUGCUUGAGAAUACAUUUUAAAAAGUCAUCUAAGAUGACCCCAAAAAUAUAUGUUUCAGCAAAAGAGUAAGUAUUCUCAUGUUUUGCAAAGUAUGCAACAAAAGAACCUGAUAUAAAGAUCUAGAAAAUAUGGCCAUUCAAAAGGGAACAUACCAAAAUGUAAUACCGUGUGCUAUAAAACAUGCUAGAAUAUGUCAAACAAAAUCUAUCCUUGGUCGCCUUGGGUCACCUGCUUUGUGUCAGUGUAGUGAAAGCGGGUGGAGGAAGGGUGUGCCGCUUGUAAAAUAUAGCAUAUCAAUCAACAUGCAAUACAUAUAAAAAUAUAUUUAACCAGAGAGGAGUCGCCCCCGCUGCCCAUUUGAGAUGUUUGUAUCAAGUAGCAUGCUUGGACUUGUCUGGACUGUUAACUGUGUUUGUACACUGUGUGGAUGUUUUUGGGAGCUAGCUUUCCCCUCAAAGAUGUUGUGUUUGGAUACUCUACUGAAAGACCGUUCCACUUUGAAAACUUCUACUAAAGCAUCCACCACCCAGCCCGAGACUCGGCGCAUUAGUUCAGACUAUGCAAAUUCACCACAUGAAUACUUUUGCCGUCAUGUUCGGUUAGCGCUGUCGUAGCGCUCUCACAGAGGAUUUUAAGUGAGAAUUGGGAGGUUUUGAAUCCUAGAUGAGUGUCGUUUGACUGAGAGCUAAUAAUGGACAAAACUAAAAUGGAGUAUAUGAUACUAAAUGCUUCUGAAAGCUCUGUCUGUUGGUGAUUUUGAAGAGAAUCAUUCAUUCCUUUCCGACUGGAAAGUCAAAAGUAUUUGAAGCAUCCCACCCAAUGUAAUGUUUUCAUGUUAAAUGAAUCUUUCAAAAGGCUUCUUGUAUUUCAGUAUUGUAUCCCGUCAGUCUUAUUAUUGCUUAGUAGUGAUGUUUCAUUGGAUCAUGCACUGUGUAGUGUUGUAACGCCAUAUGUUGCUGUUUAGCGUCUCACUGUUGACUGGUGAUGUUUCGGACUGUGAAGUAGUGCUAACGUUCCUUUAUUAAUUCCAAUAGGAUGCCGCUGUAUUUGCAAUGUUCUAGCUGUAGCUAUUAGUUGGAAAACAAAUGGGGGAAAAAAAGAAAUAUAUACAUUUUCUUUGCCUGAUUUUUCCUUUGGUGCAAUGUAAAUCUUCUCCAAUGAUGAAUGGCUUUGCAAGACUUAAAAAACAAACAAAUAAACAAAGCAUUCCUUUCCUCCAUCCCUUUCCUCUCCUCCAACCAAACAAGUUGAAUAUUGCACUAUAACAAGUUUUCCGUGCUGCAAACGCUUACUUUUUUUAUUUAUUUGCUGUUCGGUAGAAUUAACUGCUUGAGUUCUUUUGGAAUUUAUCUGAGAAAAAUAUCAGCACAUUAGUCUGUCCUUAAACUGUUUAACUUAUUGGGAAUGUAUGUUUGCGAGUGGUGAAGCACAAACAAAACUUCCAUGUGUAACAUAGUAUAUGUGCUAAGGCUGUUGAAUAAAUUGGCUUCCAGUACGUUUAA